CCCGCUCGCAGCCCCCGGAGUGCACGGUACAGCAGCCCAGGGGUGUCUCUGUGUUCCGUUGGAGACCACCCCUGGGAUGCAAAAGGGUUUCAAGCCACCUUAACCCCCCCUGCUCCCUCUCAGCCCCCCACAGAGGCUUUCAGGAAGCAGGAGGCCUUUCCUGAAACGGGACCAGGCAGGACCAGAAAGGGUUAAUCGCUGCGCUUGCUUAUCCAAACCCUUGGCCGGCACACAAGGCCUUUGGGUUGCUCCUUGCGGCGAGGUUAACCCAGCCUCCCUGUCCUCCGCAGAGUCCAAACACCGAUAACAGCUCCCAGGCAAGAUCUGAAAUCUCUCUCUCCCUUCCUUUUCACCUAGUUUCCCUGCGGCCGCAGGGAGGCCGGGGCCCUGGACGGGACCGGGAACCCCAGUGCUGUGAAAACACCAGUACAUCGGAGGAAGUGGGUUAUACCCACAACAGCACGUGAUUCUGGUCCGUUUGGUUCCUUCUGAAAGUGUCACGGGGCUCUUCGAAGUUUGUAAAGCGAGGGACUAACCCAGCCAGCUCUCCCUAAAAAUAGGGGCAGCUCGUGUCUCCACGUGUAGGGCCUGACCGAGGCGGGGCUGGAAGGGGGGCUGGGGAGGAGACGUCCCGCCACGGAGAAGGUUUAAACCGGGAAGGUUUCUAACAGGAGCAGGCUGGGAGAUGGGGUAUUUGCCGCAAGAAUGUUUGGUUUCUGAUGGACAUUUUUUUAAGAGGCCCAAACGCCUGGGGUGGGGGAGAUUCUAAACGUCAACCGCGGGGCAGACGCUGACACGUUCCGAGGUGAUGCGGCGGCCUCCCCAGGAGAACUUCCGUCUCACUGGAAACCUGCCUCUUGGUAGGAAGGAGAAUGGGGAAUUUUCACCGCGCCCAGCGUAUUCUGCCUACAUAUUGAUGGCUCCGGAGAGGCCAGCUGGGGAGCCAGGCCUGCAGGGCAGAAGUUGCAGGUGCCUGAGUCAUUUUCCUGCCCUGCCCUAAUCCCCCAAGGAUGCAGCGUGCGGGACGUCCCCCAAAGAAACUGGUCUGUCCAGGAUGGAGGUGUUCCUUGGACCUGCUGGGAUGAAGAUCUUGAAUUCAAGGAUCAUCCGUGUCACUCUCUGGCUUUGCAUGAAGCCGCCCUGGGGUUUCCUCUCUGCAAACUUUCCUGGGUGUGCGCCUGCCUCUCUCGCCCCCCAGCUGGGAUUUACCGAGGGUGGGCACAUGGGGACUCCUAUCCCCUUGGGAUUCAGAUGUGCAGGGCGCCUCUAAUAUCUGGGCUCCCACAGGGAGUGGUCACUCAGCGCCUUUCUGCCCCAGAUCCCGGCCAAUGGGCCCACUAAACUUUUCCAUGGGUGGAUUUUUUCUUUGAAGUGUGGAAUAAAUUUUGUUAUGUACACCAAGGCGUGUGUGAAUGUGCACCACCCAGAGAAACACAAACCUAGCAGUGAGCCCCCUGCUAGUCAGCUGGGCAGCACUGGAAUGUCUCCUGAGCAGCUACACAAAUGCCCAGCUUACUGGGAACACUGACCCCGGCCCGGCAAGGUUGGGGGCACAGGAGUUUCCCUAGGCUACCCACCACCUCCUGAUGCUCUGCGUGCGUGUCCCUCAGAGCCUGAAUCCGCACGGCGGGGCGCCCGACAGCAUCCCGGACAGCUGUGCAGAGGGAGAGGGAAGCUCUCUGCUCCCUUCCCCGGUGACAGCGCCCUGCGGCCUUCCUCAGCGGGGCUGUAAAUUCCUUUCCCUGCUGCAUCCAGCUCUUCUCUCCUCUCCCCCAUUCUGCGAUCCCUUACCAGGAAGCACCUGACACUUACUGCUCGGAACAGUUUCCUUGGCAGGUCCCUUCGCUGAUUACACUCUCUCCACGCCGGUGGAUGUGCCAAUGCAUUGCUCAUAGCCUGCCACCACGCCCCGGGCCCCGGGCUGGAAAGCCUCUUUAAAAACUUCCUCCUGAUGACUUCCAAGUACGGGCCCUCGGCGACCAGCACUGAAAGGGUGCCUGGCACCGGACGCCGGUUCCUUUCAGCCAAGCCUGGAUGACCUUGGUCUCCCAUCAAAUAAAUCAACAGACCUCGGGGAACACUAAGUCACCUCCUCCCUUAUCGGCGAGCUGCUGGCGGAGCUGCUCCUGAAGAAAACCACAGCUCAGAGCUGCCAAGGUGGACAGAGCAGUCACUCCAUCCCAGAGUGGUCCUGGAUCACCAGGCAGCCUCCCGGGGCACUGUAGUUCCAACUGGCAGCAAACUUUUCUCCUGUUUGAUCAGCGGCGUUUGAUUGAGUUAUCGAGCUGCUUCUGAAAUUCACCAUCAAAGGAGAUUUUAGGAAUCUCAUUUUGACAAAGCUCAGGUCAGGAUUUGAACCUGCUGCUGCCUUUUAAGCAUCGUGCCGGCUUAAAACCCACCUGCUGUUCGAUGCCAUCGCCUCUCGACUUGCCGGGCGCAGGAUGGGACAAGGUGAGAGCCUGGUUCUGAACAGACCAGACAGGCACCUUUUUGGGUUUUGAUCCACCUGCCGUCUUUCAAUUUCUACCCACCCCUUGGAAAACCUGGAGGUUCUCGGACAUUUCUGGGUGUAACCUAUUUUGAUUUUUUCCCCUCCCGGAAAGCACCCAGCCCAGAUUUUGUUGGUGGGUUUGUUUGCUUCGAAAAUAUUUGUCCCCUCUCCAGCUUGACACGAGAAACAGAGCGUGUGCGCCCCGGGUCCAACCUGCGCGUGUCUGUCUCUGAAACCCUUUGAUUCCAGGCGCGAUUUGCUGUUUUGGUUGGUUGCAAGCGCUAUUAUCUGUUCCCCUCUCCCGUGGUGAAAUCCACGUGGCUCGUCGGAGGGGGUUUUCGGCAGCCUUGUGUCCCCCCGUCGGGUGUUUAUUUCUGCCCUGUCUUUCGACCGGGGCGCGAGGCACUUUCCAAAGCUCUGCUCUGCGAGCGGAGCUGGCAGCUGGUUCUGGUGGGCCAGACGGGGGGAGCCCAGGGUCCGGUGACGUCCCAGGCGGGCAGCAUGGAGGUGUUCGUGCCGCAGAUGCUCACCUUCAGCCUCUGGGACUACGGCGUGUUCGGCCUCAUGCUGCUGAUCUCCACGAGCAUCGGGCUCUUCUACGCCCUCGCCAAAGGCGGGCAGAAGACCAGCGAGGACUUCUUCACCGGGGGGCGGCAGAUGUCGGCCGUGCCCGUAGGGCUCUCGCUCUCGGCCAGCUUCAUGUCGGCCAUCCAGGUGCUGGGCGUGCCCGCCGAGGCCUAUCGCUACGGCCUCAAGUUCCUGUGGAUGUGCCUGGGCCAGCUGCUCAACACCCUGCUGACGGCCUACCUCUUCCUGCCCGUCUUCUACCGCCUGGGGCUGACCAGCACCUACGAGCCCGGGCACUGGGCGGUCACUGCGGCUGAGAUCGCCGCCAACCACUCCAGGGUCAACCUGGCCGACUUCGACCCGGACCCCCGGAGUCGUUACACCUUCUGGACUUUCACCUUUGGGGGCACCUUGGUGUGGCUCUCCAUGUACGGCGUGAACCAGGCCCAGGUCCAGCGCUACGUGGCUUGCAAGACGGAGCGUGAGGCAAAGCUGGCGCUGCUGGUCAACCAAGUGGGCCUCUUCUUCAUCGUCUCCAGCGCAGUGGGCUGCGGCAUCGUCAUGUUUGCGCUCUACAAGGACUGCGACCCGCUCCUGGCCGGAUACAUCUCCGCCCCCGACCAGUACAUGCCCUACCUGGUCCUGGACAUCUUUGAGAAGUACCCGGGCGUACCCGGCCUCUUCCUGGCCUGUGCCUACAGCGGAACCCUCAGGCCUCUAGUCGAUCCCACGCCCCACCUGCCCUCCCUGUCAGUGCGGAAACUCACCCUCAUCUCCAAGGGGCUCUCGUUGAUCUACGGCACCUCGUGCAUCACCGUGGCGGCCCUGUCGUCUCUGCUGGGGGGUGGGGUGCUGCAGGGUUCCUUCACCGUCAUGGGCGUGAUCAGUGGGCCUCUGCUCGGAGCCUUCAUCCUUGGGACUUGCAUGAACAUGGCCCUUCUCCCCCGAAAGCCCUGCUUGGUCAGAAACGCUGGCUUUCAUCACAUCUCUGCCCCCCUGGAAAGGCCGGCUGUUGCUGACGACUUCUAUGCCAUGUCCUACCUCUACUACGGGGCUCUGGGAACGCUGUCCACCGUGGUGGUGGGGGUGCUAAUCAGUUGCCUGACAGGUCCUACCAAGAGGAGCCAGAUGCCCCGGGGGGUGCUCUGGUGGGACAUUAUGAAGCAGCCGCCCGCGUCGUCCCCAGAGGGCGGGAAGAGCCCCUAUGAGGACAGUCUGACCAAGCCAGGCCCGGCCUGGCGUUUUGAGGGAGCGUCUGGGGUUACCAGCGAGUCUCCGGGCACCCUGGGGCAGCGUGUCGGGCUGGCGGCCUGGCUUCGCCCUGCGCCCGAGGAAAGCUGCCUCUUGCAGAACUCCCCGGUGCCCGAAAUGCUUUCUCGCCCCACACAGAGCGUCCCUGCUCCCCGCGUAUCUUAUCCGCCUGCCACCUAUCUUAUCGGGGGCACACAACGCCCGCAGACGGCAAACACCUUCCUCCAAUAA